GCAACACUUUCAGCCAGUCAACAAGAUUACACGGACGAGCAGGAUGGCGUUGGGAGCAAAAGUGCAGGCGUCGAAACUGUCGCCUGUGGUGACCGAAGACAUGAUCAAGAAGUUGUUUGAAUUCAUCGGACCACUAGAUAAUCUCGUUCUCAUUCCCAGUCCGCUUGGAUCAGGAUUUGAGGCUAUUAUUGAGUACCGCGAAAAAGAUGCGGCCCUCACCGCAGUGCAUCUGACAGGAACCUUGUUUGGCGGGCGACCCUUGAUAGUGACCUUAAUGGAUGUAACCCUUCCUACAACACUUGCAGGAACAACACCAGCAGCCCGUCCGUUCACCAACCUCACGAUGCAACAACAACACGCCCAGCAGGCCUCUGCCCUUGGUGGUACGACACCUGGCGUAACUUCACAGAGCAACCCUAUGAUUCGUAUGGGCGCAACAAUCAACCAUCCGCAGUUCAAUGGCAUGGGUAUGGGCAUGGGCAUGGGUAUGGGCAUGGGGAUGAACAUGGGAAUAAAUAUGGGCAUGGGUAUGGGCAACCAGUUUCAACCCAUGUAUCCUAGCCCUCACAUGACUCUAUACAACCCCAAUAUCAUGCCACCACAAUACCACCAGUCCCGUUCUGCAGGCCAGCCAGUGGAUCUGGAUAAAGUCGAUACUAAAACCGUCUACGUCGGGAAUCUUCCACUGACGGUCACCUCGGAGCAGUUGGAGGAAGUCUUCCAAGACUGUGGUAAGGUUACACGAGUCAACAUUGCCGGAAAACCAACCCAUCCGACACGAUUUGCGUUCAUGGAUUUUGAAACCGUCGAAGGGGCUAAGAAGGCACUCUCAAGUACCGAUAAGAUGAUUGGCGACCGAACGUUGAGGGUUAAUUUGCCUCGACACAGUGGACCUCUACCGUUUAUGAUGCAGCAGGCGCAAAUGAUGCAACCAUCACUUCAGCUCCAGCAACAGCAACCCAUGGAUGCAACCCGUGCAAAAUACAGAAAAAUCCUGAUUGAUCUCGUUAACCGUGGAGGCGACCCAUCAUUGCGCAAGAAGCUUGAAGAACUGGAGGCGGGUGGUCCUCUUCCUGACUUGAGCGACAUUGCUGGACUCUCACCGGAUCUGGCUGCACUGACUGUCGAAGGAUUAUCUGGCAAGAAUGAACCAGCACAGCCACAGUCGGCUACCUCUCUCCUGGAAAAGCUAGUAUCGGCCUCGAGAAGACGAUCUCGGUCACGAAGCAGCACACGACGAAGAAGCCGCUCUCGCUCUAUUGACAGAGAUUAUUACAGAAGCAGCAGGAGAAGACGAUCCAGAUCACGCUCUGGAUCACGCUCUGGAUAUUCGCGCAGCUCCAGGGGAUACGAGGCGGACUAUGGGCGAUAUGAUUAUCGCGAUCGGGAGAGAGACUAUACUCGAAGUGAGCGCAGCAGGAGUCACAGAGACCUCAGUCGUGAUCGAGAACGAGAACGGGAUAGAGAUCGUGAAAGGCCUCGAGAGCGUGAGAGGGAAAGGGAUAGAGAUCGAGGCCGUGAACGAGAAAAGGACCGGGAGAGUGGGAGAGACAAAGAUCGCGACCGACAUCGUGAAUCUGAUCGCCAUCGUCACCGGGAACGAGAACCAGGGCGCACACGCUCCAAGACGCGCGAUGGAGAGGUGGCGGGUUCUGAACAGGACACGAGGAUGAAAAGUCCGCCAUUGGCUACAAAGUCGAAAUUAGAUACACAAGGCGAUGCGGACAAAGCCAAAGCCGAGCGAUAAGAAGGGAGUGCACCUCAAUUCAGAAAUGAUUAAAAACGAGGGACUUUGAUAUGCUCUACCCACAUUUAUUCAUUGU